AUGCCUACCAUGAAAGGAUACAUCUUCAUCGGCCUGAACGUGGUUCGGGCUCUGAGCAUCAUCACCCUCAUCCUGCUCUUUGCAAGCAGCAUCGUCACCAUGGUGCACGACAUCCAGGCCGUCAACUCGUUCAUCGCCGCCGGCAGGGCGGACCCCAACAUCCGAAUCGCCGCAGAUGUGAACGCGACCUCGAGCUCUCUGCCCGACUGCGUCAACGUGGACACGGACUACGUCGAGGAGACAGUACCCAACCAGGCGGCCGGCGCGUUCUGGGCGGUCCUCAACCGGCUGCUCAUCAUCUUCCAGGCCAUCGUCCUCAUUCUCUCCGAGGUCGGGUGGCCGAUGGCUUCUUCAACCGCUUUUUCCCCAUCCUCGGCGCAGACUUCGGUCUCGGGGCGCUCGGCGUCAUCCAGUGCCUACAGCCGCUUCCUGUGUGGUCGGGCGUGCGCACGUACGGGCCACGCCGUGGGCACCCUCGCACCGCCUAGACCGUUCGCUGACACGCACCCUCCUCGCCUGCGCAGGCUCGGCGCCGCGGUCCUCUCGCACCACGUGGACGAGUUCGCGCUCGUGUCCGCGUUCUUCCUCUUCUCCGUCGGCUGCCUCAACAUCUUCCUCGGCCUCAUCUUCCGCGAGUCCGCGAAGACGCGCCGCUCGCUCUCCGCCCCGGUCCCGCGCCCGCUGCACAUGGGCUCGGGCGCGUGGGAGAAGGAGCGGGAGGCGUACACGAAUCGGUCCGACAGCCUCUCGAGCCAGAAGAGCGGGAUGGGCUUCGGCCGCCAGGGCGAGAAGGCCGCGCAGGCGCGGGGCUUCAUGCUCCAGCGCCCUUCUGAGGCGCUCCCGGACGACGACCCGCAACAUCCUACCACGCCUCGCCGCCGCAUGCAACGCCCCCACCACUACCGCUAUCACGAACCGGCCCAGCCGCCGCGCGGGCCGUAA